AUGACACCUAAAACUCUCUCCUUCAAAUGUGCAAUCGUCACUGGGGGUGGAGGCGGAAUUGGCAGAGCCAUGGCCGAAUACCUCAUCUCCAUCAACAAGAAAGUACUCAUCGUCGGCCGAACAGAAAAGAACCUCGCCCAGACAGCCAAAGAACUCGGACGUGGUACCUCCUACUACGUUCUUGACACAGGCGACAUAUCCUCCAUUCCCUCCUUUAUCAAGAAAGUCAUCUCAGAGCAUCCAGACGUCGACUGCUUGAUAAACAAUGCAGGCGUGCAACGCCCUCUCAAUGUCAAUAACUUUGAGCUAGAGAAAGCAGACCAAGAGAUCAACAUAAAUAUCCGUGGGCCGAUGCACCUCGCCAUUGGCUUCCUCCCACACUUCAAGACCAAGCCAGCUGCUACUAUCAUAAACGUCAGUUCCGCCCUAGGCUUCAUCCCAUUUUCCAUCAUAAACCCCGUCUACAAUGGAACAAAGGCAUGGCUCCAUUUCUGGACGUUGAAUCUCAGGACUCAACUCGCAAAGGAGAAUGUCAAGGUUGUGGAGAUUGCACCUCCUAUGGUAGCGACAGAUUUGCAUCGCGAGAGGAGUGAUCCGGAUGAUAACAAGAAGGAGAAGAAUUCGUCGACUUUGGGGAUAGAGGAGUUUAUGGAGUUUGUCAAGAAGGGUUUGGAGGCAGACAAAGACACUAUUGGUGCUGGGAUGUCUGAAGGGAUUGUUGAUAGAUGGAAUAAGGAGUUUGGGGACCAGUAUAAUAAGGCUGCGGAGGGGUAUAUCAAGGGUUGA